AUGGCUACUGUUCUCCCGAAGUUUUCUGAUUUGUAUAGUUUGAAAGAAGAAGUAGGGCGUGGGGCAUUCUCAAUUGUUCGAAAAUGCAUUCAGCUCUCAACAGGUUUAGAAUUUGCCGCUAAGAUCAUAAAUACAAAACGUCUGUCAACCAGAGACAUGCAGAAGUUGGAACGCGAGGCCAGAAUAUGCAGGCUCCUGAAGCACCCUAACAUAGUUCGCCUAUAUGAUGACAUUCAGGACGAAGGGUUUCACUACCUCGUAUUUGAUUUGGUAACUGGUGGUGAACUCUUCGAGGACAUUGUUGCUCGAGAAUUCUACAGUGAAGCGGAUGCUAGUAACUGUAUGCAGCAAAUUAUUGAAAGUGUGAAUUAUUGUCAUCAGAAUAAUAUAGUACAUCGAGAUUUAAAGCCAGAAAAUUUGUUGCUUGCUAGUAAAUCCAAGGGGGCUGCAGUGAAACUAGCGGAUUUCGGUCUGGCGAUAGAAGUUCAGGGUGAUCAACCAGCUUGGUUUGGUUUUGCUGGCACUCCUGGUUAUCUUUCUCCAGAGGUUUUGCGUAAAGAACCAUAUGGUAAAGCGGUAGACGUCUGGGCUUGCGGUGUUAUUCUUUACAUCCUUCUUGUUGGAUAUCCACCAUUCUGGGAUGAAGAUCAGAAUCGAUUGUACAGUCAAAUCAAAUCGGGAGCAUAUGAUUAUCCUUCACCAGAAUGGGAUACAGUUACCCCUGAAGCUAAGAACUUAAUCAACCUAAUGCUAACAGUCAGUCCUGCAAGGCGAAUCACAGCUGCAGAAGCCCUCAAACAUCCAUGGAUUUGUCAACGAGAACGUGUCGCUUCCCUUGUGCAUCGUCAGGAGACGGUAGAGUGCUUAAAGAAAUUCAAUGCACGACGUAAAUUGAAGGGUGCUAUACUUACGACUAUGCUAGCCACACGCAAUUUUUCUACUGGUCGGGGUACCGUUCCAGGAAGUCAUACUUCUGUAACUAAGAAGUCUAAUGAUGGUAUUAAAGAAUCAUCUGACAGUUCUACUGCAGUAAUGGAGGACUCAGCUGAUAUAAAAAGCAAAAAGCAGGACAUCAUCCGGGCAACAGAACAACUAUUAGCUGCUGCAGCAGCUGGUGACUUCGAACUCUACCUUAAAUUUUUGGAUUCUCAAUUCACCUAUUUCGGUCCAGAAGCAUGUGGGAAUUUACUCGAAGGGGCUGAUUUCCAUAAGUUUUACUUUGAACAAAUCAUUCCGAAAUCAGUUGUUCGUGCUAUUCAUACCAGUAUACUGAACCCGACUGUACAUUUAAUGGGUGAAGAUGCAGCUUGUAUUGCCUACACAAGACUUACUCAGUUCCUAGAUAAAUGUGGUAUGCCUCAUACACAACAAACAGAAGAAACUCGUGUUUGGGUAAGACGUAAUGAUCGUGGCUGGCAGAAUGUCCAUGUACAUCGUUCUUGUUUAUCAGCAGGCUCAGGUGGUGGUGGAUUCGCGAAUAUUAGUACAACUGGAUCAGCUAGUUUCAACUAUCCACUUUAGAAUCAAAAUAAUAUUGCUCAGAUCAUGAGAGAUAUUGAAACAAGGAAGUAUAUGUAUACAUAUACUAUCAGAAAUUUUAUGCUUUAAUAUUGAAUCAAUUCCGUUUGUCUUUUUGCGUAUUUUCUCUCUUUCUUAAAAUUUCAACAUGCAAUUUAUCCAAUCAAUAAAAACCAGGUUUAUCUGAUUAAAAAUAUAAACCUAUUCAUUUUGUCGUUUCUUUGCUCAUGUUGAUAUGCACAUUAGUUUUGCAAUUCGAUUUUAUAAUGCAAAAUCUGGUUACUUAGUCGGUUAAAUGUUCACUUAUCUUAAUGGUUAACUUGUAUGUGCAAUUAAAUUCUUGCUUUAUAUCCUUGAUUUAACUUAUUUAUUCACUGAUAUUCUCUGUUAUUUUUAAGUGUGCGAUUAAAUAGCUGACAUUCCACUUUACUCAUUUGUUGUUAGUUUAUACUCAAGUAAUAUGAGAUUUCUUUCUGUUAAUACUGACCCACCACUUACCCACAAGACAAAAAUAUUAAGUUGUUUCUAUAUAAAGAAUUCUGAUUGGUAUACCACUUUGUGUUUAUUGUUACAAAUGUUAAUGAUUGUUGGAACUUGUGCACGAACGAUUACUUGUAUUAUACAUCACUGAACUUAUGAAUACUUGUCUUAUCAGGCUAUAACAUCUACUUACCUGUCAAACAGGGAAAACACAAUAUCUAUGCUACUUUUAGUGCGCAUUUUGCAACUUAUGAUCUACGUUCAUUCUCUUCUCACUUUUUGCCCCUCUUCGUAUCUCAGUCCACUUGAUAUUUAGUUUUUUUGAUUUCCUGAGUAUUCUUCCUGGACUAUCAUGAUUUUUUGUCCAUGGCUUGUUUUAAAAAGAAUAAAGUCCAUGCAAAAAGACUUCAGUUUACAUAGUCCACACUUUUACCAUUAUUCGUUAUCGACUGUGAUGCUUUUCUUGUAUUCUGUAUUUUUGUUUAUCUUCGCGUUCAAAUCUCCAUGUUUAUCUUCAAUUAACUUAUGAAUAGUACGGGCUGAUUAUAAUUUCGUAAAUGUUAUUCGUACAUUUGAUUCCUUCCACUUCAAAUUGCUUAUUUUUGAUUUCUACAUUGUCUGUUUUAUGAUGCUUUUCUUUCAAUUAUUGCUACAUACUAUGCUUUCCAAAUAAGCAUGCAUGUCUUUCACUGCUUCGUACUUAUUAAAUUUAAUAAUAUUUAUCAUUGUCGUUAUUUCGUCGUGGUAAAAUUUUAACUUUUUCCGUACGAUUGUUUGUCAAGCCUAAUUUAUUUAAUCAUCGUUGUGGUUUGGACAAAUAAUUUAUUUCGAAUUAUUAUAUCUUGUUCCUGUUAUCUGUCUUUUAGAUUCUUAAACUUUUGUAUUUGUACCUGUCAUAAUGAAUAUCCUAUAAUCUUCCCUAUAAAAGUAAUUAACUACUUAUAUUUAUUUCAGUGGAAAUAAUGAUAUUUAGGAUUUCUAUGUCUUACUUUCUUGGUUUAUAUAGGUUCGAAUGUACAUGAGUUACGUUCAUGAACCUUUUUCCACCAAAAUAAAUUGAAGAUAUAAGUGUUCAGCGUUCAACAAGAGACAGUAUUCGUGAUAUUAUUUUAACUUUCCUAGUCAGUUUGUCAGCAUCUCUCGUUUGAAGUAACAAACCUUCACAUAUUUAUUUCUGUUCUUAUAUCUACAUUCAGUUUUUACUGUAUGCUUCCAUUAAACUUUAAAAAAUUCAAUACAUCUGUUUUUUGACCUUUAUAUUAUUUUUCUUUAUUCUAAGAAUAUAUUAUUUUAUUCUAAAAACAGUUGCACAUUUACUGUGUUACUACGAGGAAAACAUCACUUUCCCUAAUUAUACGUAUGUACUUGUGUUUAUAAUAAACUUAUGUGUAACAAAGAAUCGGCCAGUAAGCUAAAUCCAAUGCUUUAUAUUGUUCGACGACCACUACAGUGGUGUAUUAAUCAUUGAAUAUAAUCUUCUGUUUUAUAGGCGCCUAUUUGUAACCGAGUCUGUUUUCCCUUAAUGUUCCUCUCUAAUUAAAUGUUGGUUUGCUUUCUAAGCCGAUAAAAAUAGUGAUUUCAGUGUGAAGUCUUUUCUCGGUGAUGCUAUGUGUACCUGUUACAUUUGUUUGUCUGCUUUUCUGAUUAUUUACUUGUUGUUCCGUUGUUGUUAUUUUGUUUCCUACAAAAAAAGGUCAAAACAGGUUCACUAACGGAUCUUUUAUGUUUCUUGUAUUUUCUGUUGUUAAGUAUUAUUUGAUUAGGAUGAUUAACCAUGACUGAAAAUAUUAUAUUUAAAAAACUUACCUGCAACAAUUUAUCUGUAACCUCGUAUUUGUUUGGUUGUUUUCUCGUUAUUUAUUAUUGUUUAUUCCUCAACCUGUUUAUUUCAUUCAUUUUGCUCACACACAUCUACCCAGCUUACAUGUCGACUAGCUGGUGAAAAAGCCAGAAAUACAAGGUUACUCUU